AAUUUCCUAAUGACAUGCAUGCACCCCGCCAAGCAUCGACCGUGUCCCCCGGCCUUUUAUACUGCCAUACUCCGCGUCGCCCACGCAAUUCCAUUUUGCCUUCUUGCCUCCAAACCCUCAUCUCUGCCUGCUUUGUUACCACCUCGAAACUUGCACCGCUGCCAACAAAUUGGUACACGUCACAACAACACACACCCUUCAACAAUUCAUCGCGCUUUUUCAUCAACAUCAUCAUCAUCCAUCGCGGCGAAACUGCCGAUCGCAUCGCUUCAUCAUGAGCUCUAUCGAUCCUGCUCUGUCUGCGGACGUCUCUAACGUGAAUGUCGAUCACACAAAACAGAUUCCGCCCAUUUCACAGCCGAUGACUCAAGGCGCGCCGACCAUGCAGACCUUGCAACCGCAACAUCCCGAUCAAUAUCGCGCGCUCCCGCCGCCGCAGGCCAUCUACAACCCUCACUAUGCGCAACCACAGAUGCCGUAUCAAGCCGCGCAACCAGCACCGCGUCAGAGGACCGCCAUCGCGUGUCGUUACUGUCGGAGACGCAAGAUUCGUUGUUCUGGCUUUGAUCAAUCUGAGGAUGGUCGCUGCACCAACUGUCAGCGAUUCUCGCAGGAAUGUGUCUUCACUCCAGUGAGCUCUCAGGCUCAAGCUUUCGUGCCUGCCCACACUGUUUGGCGUGGACAACAGCCACCAGCAAAUACACAGCUCUAUGGCGCCUAUGGUCAACCGCUUCCUUCGCACGGUCGCGGCGAUCAAUUCCAACAGCAACAGCAACAGCAGCAACCGCAGCAAGGCCAGCAGCAACCGGGCCAGUAUCCGCCACCGCCUCAAGGCUAUCACCAGCCGCCACCUAUGUAUGGGCAACCUCAAGCUGGUGGCCAGAUGCCGCAACAGCAAACUCCUGGAGAACCUGGUCGUAAGCGUCCCAAUGAUGAACCGCACACGCCUACCAUGGUGCCACCUAACCCUGCGACACAAGGCUCUCGUGGUUCAAGUGAUGCUCCUGGCUACGCGUAUCCCGACCCGACUGGCAUGAAUGCUAUUGGUACGUUAUUUGCUAUUUCCUUGCUCAGCGUUUAGCAUUUUGUCUUUCCUACUCGUCUAAAGCACGGCACUACGUAUCUCUCAACACCUGCCUUAUCAUUGUUGGCGCACCAAAGCGACUGAUCAG